GUGGACCUACCCGCCCAGAAAUGCUCAGUCAAUGAUGGGCGGAGGGCGUCUCACCAGCAGGAGCCUUAAAAAAGUUCAGAGCCUGAUUUGAUCCGUGGAUCUAAAGGCCAAGGAACAAUGAGCACCAUGGCAACAGAGAUUGUUGCAUUUCUCCUGAGUGUCUCCGGAUGGAUUCUGGUGUCAUCCACACUUCCUACGGACUACUGGAAGGUCUCCUCGGUGGACGGGACGGUCAUUACUACGGCGACCUUCUGGUCCAACCUGUGGAAAACAUGUGUGACCGACUCUACAGGUGUGUCCAACUGCAAGGACUUUCCCUCCAUGCUGGCUCUGGAUGUUUACAUCCAAGUAUGCCGGGGCCUGAUGAUUGCAGCGGUGUGUCUGGGUUUCUUUGGUGCCGUACUUGCCCUGCUUGGAAUGAAGUGCACAAAAGUAGGAGGCUCCGAGAAUAUCAAAACUCGCCUGGCAGUCUUUGCAGGUUUCCAGUACAUCCUCAGCGGCUUGUGCUGCAUGACCGCCUGCUCCAUAUAUGCUCACAGGAUCACGACCGACUUUUUCGACCCCCUCUUUGUUGCCCAGAAAUUUGAACUGGGAGCGGCGCUCUUCAUCGGCUGGGCGGGAUCUGUGUUAUGCAUCUUGGGAGGUUUGAUUUUCUGUCUCUCCCUGUCAGCAGGCUCGAGCGUCAGGCAAGUUGACUGGUAACAAUGGGCCUCAUUCAGCAACAGUUCUCAGGA